CAGAAUUUCUUCCCAGUUGUAAUCCAAACUUCAUUAGUUAGCCAGUUAUGGAUGAACGCGAAGACUUCGUCAACAUUUUUCAAACACAGGUUAAGACGGUUUUGGAUAUUCUGUUGAAUGUCGCCGUAUCGGAGAUAACACAUAUUUUCCAAGGCACUUCGGGUAACGCUACUAUCCAAAAUGGAGUUUUACCCGUUGCUCUUUGUGCCGGAGACCACGCCACACAAACGGUGCAGGCAUAUAGACUGAAGAAUGCAUUGGAGAGGGCAAUAUGCACACACCGGGAAACCACUGAAGUGACACGACGUGCAACUCAACAUGAUGGUGGGGAGGCCCUCAGUGGCUCUGUUGCUAUGCCAAGGGCUGAUGAUGGUGAAGACAUAGACAUUCAUCUUAAAGAUGAGAGAUUGGACUGGGAGGUGGUGAAGAUUGGUGUCUUUGAGGAGGGAGGCAGUGACCGUCUUGGGAACAGCAUGCAACAGAGUGAAGAAAAUGAAUGUCUUGUCUCGGAAGUGAAGUCUGAACCGUCAACAUACUCAGAGAUCUGGGAGCCCCACUGCAUACACACUGAAGACAGAGCCGCCACCACCCUGUCACUGUGUUCAAAUGACAACGUAUCCUUAAACUCCCCGACAGACGGACUGACUGAACAGGAGAUGCAGGUCGGUACUUCCCAGACCCCACAUCCAGUGCCCCAGAAACGGCUUCUAUUUCCUCUUCCUAUCUCAGUCAGCACACUAAAAGAAGAACUAAAAGAACUGGACCAAGAAAGGGAAAAACUGGAGUCUGUUCCCAUCGCCAUCAGCACGCCGGUGGAUUCGGAACAGCAACCACCCAACACCCUUAGAACUAUAGAACUAGAACCCAUGUUUAGAAGACCUGUUGAACGCCUGGAAGCACUCACUGACUGUGACAUCACUGGUGCUGCUCUCAAAGUAGAGCCGCCAGGAUGCCCGGGACCACCGGAGCUCAAGGAGGAGGAGAUUGUGAUGGUCAGGCAUGCUGCACAACAAAGUACAGAACAGCACAAUGACAACACAGCAACAACACAACAACUAAGCACACUACAAGAGCCCAUUCUCGCCCAAGAGAACACCCAUGUACAUGCGGCCACACAACCAAGCACUAUACUAAACCCAGCCGCAAAGGAGGAGCAGCGAGACCGAGGAGGACCAGUGUUGAGAGUGACCAGAAGCAGGAAAGGCUGUGACACCACUUCCACAGCACUUCGACACACCCUCACCUCCUCCAGAACACCGCACCGUGCCCCCCUCACCCCCACCACCACUCCACCUCACCGCUUCCCCUCCACUCCACCACUGCUGCCCCAUGAGCUGGAGAAGCAGAUGAGAACCUGUUCAGUGAAGCUCAAGGACAUGCGGCUGGUGGGACAGUGUCACCGUCGCCUGCGCAUCUGCUGGGACUGCAGCAAGAUCUUCUACCGGAAACGGAAGCUGCGGCGGCACCGCCGUUUAAACCACACCGGAGAGAAACCGUACUGCUGCUCCCAGUGUCAACGGGCGUUCUCGCUCAGGAAGAACCUGAAGAAGCACCAGAGGGCCCACGCAGGGGAGAAACCGUACCACUGUAAAGACUGCGGGAAGCAGUUCCGGUGCAAUGGGAAACUGAAGAUCCACAUGAGGUUUCACACAGGGGAGAAACCCUUUGGCUGCACCCUCUGUGGCAAAAAAUACAGGGUGCUGAAGAAUUUAGAGAGACACAUGGUCACCGCACACGCCAACCCACCCCCUGGCCAACGUCUUAACCGUUAGAACAAGUCCGAAAUGCCCUAUUCCCUUUAUAGUGCACUACUUUUGACUUAUGUUGCUCCCUUUGUGGGAACAGGGUGCUGAAGAACUUGACACGACAACCACACACCCAGACUUAAAGACAUUGAGGAGGUGAAAGACCACACCCAGACUUAAAGACAUUGAGGUGAAAGACCACACCCAGACAUAAAGACAUUGAGGUGAAAGACCACACCCAGACAUAAAGACAUUGAGGAGGUGAAAGACCACACCCAGACUUAAAGACAUUGAGGAGGUGAAAGACCACACCCAGACAUAAAGACAUUGAGGAGGUGAAAGACCACACCCAGACAUAAAGACAUUGAGGAGGUGAAAGACCACACCCAGACAGUGAAAGACUGAAUAGUAGAAGAUAGAAUAUUUGAAUGGGAUACAGAACACGUAGGCUGCCUGUAAUCUAGAAAUCUAUUUAACUAUGUAUAAAAUCCUUCAAUACGUUGUAGAUCCAUCCUUCAAUGCAUAUUAGAUCCAUAUAGAUGUUUCAUAUUGUUCUCAGGAAAACCACUUGCCGACAGACUUUGAAAACGAAGUGUAUGUGCGAGAGGUGAGAGCUGGAUGCUGUUAAAACAGUGAAUGUGAAUGAUGAGCCAGCAUGUUUAGAAAAGGCUUUUCCUGCCUGGCUGUCGCCUACUCUGAGCCUUAUGCCGCGUUCAAAACCUUUGGGAGUUCUGAACUCUUCGACUUCAGUGCGUUCAAGACAACUGAGAACUUGGAAAAAAACUAGUUCCGACAGGGAAAAUUUAGUUUUGAACGGUCAUCCAACUCGGAAUUCCAGGAACCUGGGCCUCUUUCUAAAGCUCCGACCUUAAGAUCGUCAUGAUUUGACCUUGGUGUUUUUUUUUGUUCCCAGUUGUCUUGAACGCACAAUUAGAAACAAGUGUUUUGCAUGUCUCUUUCUAAGAUGGCUGAUGUUUAACUGUGAACACUGUGGCCCUUACUAAGAUGGAUAACACACCUCGGUGUACUCGUACACUGAUAAUUUAGUAGAACACUAUGGGAGAAUCUCAAUUGGAUACUCCUCGCAUCCUCUCUCUGUGCCUCCUAAAAAUCUAUUGGAUGAGAGAGCCAGAGUUCCCUCUCCUCUGACCUUCUCCUCCAAUAGGUUUUGAGAAGGAGGAUAGAGGACUCGAGGAGUAUAACAUUUACAUUCCCCCUAAGCAGUUUCUCCUGACCAGGAAAAGAUUCAGGGCCCUAGUUGUCCAGAGGGUUAUAUGAAGAUGAAGGCUCAAGGAGUUAGCCUGAUAACUUGCCUAAAUAUUCAGAUAUAUAUAUUUUUUUUUUUGAAAGAUCAGCUUGAAAUGGGCAUGGUCUACGUAACUCAACAACCAAAAACACAUAUCUAAGUUUAGAUUUCUUUAUGAAUGAUAAAAUAGUUAUUUCUGGUUGUUUAUCAAAGUUAGCUGGCUUUGAUCCUACUUUGUAGUAUACCCCUCUGGUCAAACCAAUUGGUCAGGAAGCACUCCUGGCCCUAGGCAUAUCAUAUGAAGGUACUGUACUGUAGUUAAUAGCUAGCAUACUAAAUGUCUCCUUUUGAGAUGGGUUUUCUGUAAGGGUAAAUACACUCUAACAUCAAUCUGUGGAUGCCGAUGUUUUCUAUUGAAAUGAUUGAAGGCAAAUGCAUGUGUUUGUGUGCUUUUUGGUGGAAGGAUGUUCCUGGAAUAAUAUUUAAAUGUUCUGUCAGUCAGUGUCCAAACAUCCUCCUGUGGGUUUACUUUUAUUUGAUCAGAAAUAAUAAUUAUUCCAUUAUAAUUUGCUAUUAUUCUGUUUGCACCACAUCCAGUGUUUUGAUAUUUUUCUUAUUGUGUUGCCUUACAACCUGGAAUUAAAUGGAUUUUUGGGGGA